GGAGAACGUGAUGCCCUUAGAGCUGAUGGUAGUCAAGACCGACUGCCUACAGUCACUGACAUUCCACCAACCGAGUUGAUUGAACUAUCUGGUCUGGCCUCGAGGGCCAGCUCCCCAUCGUCAGACGCUGCGGAAAAAGAGAGAGGAGAGAAAUUUGGCUAUCCAGUCGAAGAGCAGAAGACGACCAGGCGUAGAGAUCAGAAGAGUCAAACUGGACCGGAUUGGUCGAGCGGGCGGCAGAAGAGGCGCACGAUUGGAUCCGACCACGAGGCGAUACCAGCAAGGGUGCACGACGAAGUGAGAAUUUCGAGGAGACAAUUUCAGGCUUCUGACGUACCGGGGCGAAAGCCGCACAGCAAGAGGCAUACCGAAGCAAAGGUUAGAGGGAUAAGAGCAGAUGAGGCUAGAGAGUCCGCUUCGUCGACGCUGCGUUCCCUGCCCUGUCGAAGUCACAGCUGGAGUCGAGGUCAAAGUGGCGAAGUUGGCCAACGAGCCGGUCGAGCCUUGGCCUUCUCUUCAGCCUGCUGCCGAUCUGCCUCUCCUUUGGAAUCCUCGGGUAUGUCACGAUCCCUCUCAGCCUCUCGUUCCAAUUCGGCCGCAGUCAUUUCACUAUCUGGUUCUGGCAGCGUCUGUAGUAUGAAGGAACAUAUGCAAUCGGCCGGACAACAGGGGCCUUCUUGUAAGUCCAGCCUGAGUUGUGCAGAGCGACGAUCCGGCUUGCCGGGACCAAGUGAACGGGAUCCUGACAAACCACUAUCUCUUUCAGCAGAAGUACAGACCUCUGGACCUCAUAAGGUCGGUUUAAUUGCUGUUGGCAUAGCCAGUACUAUUGCGCCGAGUGAAGCAAAACCGGGCCUAAUGACUGAAGGCCUCCGGUCGCAUUCCGCUUCCUCGUCAACAACAGCCUCUUCUUUUGCAUCAGAAAUGUCGGCGGAAGAUGAUAAUGUUGAGUCCAGAAAUCCGCCAUGUGUAAAGGAAAACCUCGCAAAGGCACCUCAAGUUGGGUAG